GCUCUUGCUCUUAAAGCCCCCUUGUUGCCUUUUUUUUGACCUCUUCGGGCUGUGUUUUGACGCCAAGCCGCGUGCCAAGCCUGUACUCGGCGCCUUUUUGGUUCCGUCUCGACCCCUGCGGCAGCGCGGUCGUCCUUUGCAUUGACACGACCCCACACACAUACCGUCAACCAUGGCGAGCAACGAUGACACAGCCACGGCCAUCCUUCGCAAGAAGGACAAGCCCAACCGCCUCAUUGUUGAGGACUCACCCAACGAUGACAACUCGGUCAUUGGCCUCAACCAAGAUAAGAUGGACGAGCUUGACCUUUACCGCGGUGACACGGCCCUUAUCAAGGGCAAGCGCAAAAAAGACACGGUUUGCAUCGUGUUGGCCGAUGAGGAUUGCCCCCUCGAGAAGAUUCGCAUGAAUAAGGUGGUCCGCAACAACCUGCGCGUGCGUCUUGGCGACGUUGUCACGAUCCAUCAGUGCCCAGACAUCCCCUACGGCAAGCGCAUCCACGUGUUGCCCAUUGACGAUACGGUCGAGGGCCUGACCGGCAACCUCUUUGAUGUCUAUCUGAAGCCUUACUUCCUCGAGGCUUACCGCCCCGUGCGCAAGGGCGACUUGUUCCUGGCACGCGGUGGCAUGCGCGGGGUUGAGUUUAAGGUGGUGGACACGGAUCCCGAACCCUACUGCGUGGUUGCUCCCGACACCGUCAUUCACUGUGAAGGUGAGCCCAUCCGCCGCGAGGACGAGGAAGCCAACCUCAACGAGGUGGGCUAUGAUGACAUUGGUGGCUGCGCCAAGCAGCUGGCUCAGAUCAAGGAGAUGGUCGAGCUCCCCCUGCGCCAUCCCCAGCUGUUCAAGGCCAUUGGCGUCAAGCCGCCCCGCGGCAUUCUCCUGUAUGGUCCUCCCGGUACCGGCAAGACCAUGAUCGCCCGUGCCGUGGCCAACGAGACCGGCGCCUUCUUCUUCCUCAUCAACGGUCCCGAAAUCAUGAGCAAGAUGGCCGGUGAAUCAGAGUCCAACCUGCGCAAGGCCUUUGAGGAAGCGGAGAAGAACUCGCCCGCCAUCAUCUUCAUUGACGAGAUUGAUGCCAUCGCCCCCAAGCGUGAGAAGACCAACGGCGAAGUCGAGCGACGCAUCGUCUCCCAGCUCCUCACCCUCAUGGAUGGCCUGAAGCAGCGCGCCCACGUCAUUGUCAUGGGUGCCACCAACCGUCCCAACAGCAUUGACCCGGCCCUGCGCCGCUUUGGUCGCUUCGAUCGCGAGCUGGAUAUCGGUAUCCCCGAUGCCACGGGCCGCCUCGAGAUCCUCCGCAUUCACACCAAGAACAUGAAGCUGGCUGAUGAUGUGGACCUUGAGAAGAUUGCCAACGAGACCCACGGCUAUGUCGGUGCCGAUCUUGCAGCCCUCUGCUCCGAGGCCGCUCUGCAGCAAAUUCGCGAGCGCAUGGACCUCAUCGACCUCGAGGAGGACAACAUUGACGCCGAGGUCCUCGACCUGCUCGCCGUUACCAACGAUAACUUCCGCUUUGCCCUCGGCUCCUCCAACCCUUCAGCGCUCCGCGAGACAGUGGUGGAGGUUCCCAACGUGGCCUGGACCGACAUUGGUGGUCUCGAGGAGGUCAAGCAGGAGCUGCGCGAGAUGGUUCAAUACCCCGUCGAGCACCCCGAGAUGUUCCUCAAGUUUGGCAUGUCUCCCUCCAAGGGUGUCCUGUUCUACGGUCCCCCCGGCUGUGGUAAGACCCUGCUGGCCAAGGCCAUUGCCAACGAGUGCCAGGCCAACUUCAUCUCCAUCAAGGGCCCCGAGCUCUUGACCAUGUGGUUUGGUGAGUCAGAGGCCAACGUCCGCGACGUUUUUGACAAGGCACGUGCGGCCGCGCCCUGCGUCCUGUUCUUCGACGAGCUCGACUCGAUCGCCCAAUCGCGUGGUAGCUCCCUCGGCGACGCCGGAGGUGCCUCGGACCGCGUCAUCAACCAGGUGCUCACGGAGAUGGACGGCAUGAACUCGAAAAAGAACGUCUUUAUCAUUGGUGCCACCAACCGUCCCGAUAUUAUUGACCCUGCCGUCCUGCGUCCGGGUCGCCUUGACCAGCUCAUCUACAUUCCCCUCCCCGAUGAGGAGUCUCGCCGCAGCAUCCUGAAGGCCAACCUGCGCAAGACGCCGCUGGCCGAUGAUAUCGAUCUCAACGUCGUGGCCGCCAACACCAAGGGCUUCUCUGGUGCCGAUCUGACCGAGAUUUGCCAGCGCGCCGUCAAGCUGGCCAUCCGGGAAAGCAUCGUCAAGAGCAUCCAGCUCAAGGAGGAGCACGCCCGCAACGGUGACGAUAUGGAUGAGACGGAUGACGUGGACCCCGUGCCCUGCCUGCGCCGCGAUCACUUUGAGGAGUCGAUGAAGUUUGCCCGCCGCUCCGUGAGUGACCAGGACAUUGCCAAAUAUGAGAUGUUUGCCCAAAGGUUGCAACAGUCGCGUGGCUUUGGUGACUUCCGAUUCCCCGAUGCCCCUCAGUCACAGCAAGCAUCUGGCAGUGCGCCAGCGGCCAACCCCCAGGUUGGCGCCAAUGACGACGCCGAUGAUGACUUGUACAAUUAAUUUCUGGGCAUGUUUGCCAGGCUUCGCUGUUGAAUCUUGGCUGGCACCCCGUGUUCAAACCAACCUAACAUACAAAGCUUCCCCUUUUCCCUCUUGUUUACGUGUCUGCCAUGGCUUUGUGCCUCUGCUGGGUCCUCAUGGUAAUUGAUCAUCGCCAUUGC